AUGGAGGACACUGAGCCGCUGUUGGCAGGGAGGUCAGGGAGGUCAGGGGGGAGGAGGCUCAACGGCCACUGCAGGUGGAGCACCCGCACCAUGGAGUCGAAGAUGGUGGAGGACUUCAGACGGAGGCUAAAGUACUUCUUCAUGAACCCCUGUGAGAAAUACAGAGCCAGGGGUCGAAAGCCGUGGAAACUGAUGUUACAGAUAUUAAAGAUUGCAAUUAUCACUGUUCAGGUAGGCCUCUCUAUUCCCAGUUUACAUCAGUCAUUAUAAUACACAGUUAGUAUUAACAUUUGACUGUAAUGUCCCCUUCUUUAGCUGGUCUCUUUUGGACUGAGCAACGAAAUGAUGGUCACCUUUAAAGAGCAAAACCUUAUGACAUUCAGACACCUCUUUUUAAAAGGAUACAAGGACCACCACCUGGGAAGCUACGCACUGUACACCAAAGCAGAAGUGUACGACCACAUACACUAUAUUAUCAACAGGGUACAACACCUCGUCUUUUGGAUUUUAUAGCAAAUGUGUAUAAAUUACUGCAUGUAAAAUCUGUUUUAAUCUUAUGUUAUGAUUGUCUUUUUCAGUACGUAAACCUCCAGAACCUGACCGUGGGUAAUCUUGCAUAUGAGAGGACUGACGGACAGUACACUCCUCUGUCUGUGUGUCAAGAGUUUUACAGGAACAGCAGCAUCGACCCUGGAAAUGAGACUUUUCACAUUGACCCACGUACUGAUAAAGGUAAAAAAGAGAAGACGUUUCUUCAUAAGGGCCUUUGAAUUUUAGAUUAACUCACAAACACGCUCAUGGGUAGCUGUAAAAUGGUUUUUUGUUUAAGUUUUUUCAUACAGCAGGUAUUUCUGAACACUGAUUCAUAGCGUAAAUGGAAAAAAUCACUAUGGAUUUACUUGUGAGUGAAUAAAAAGAGGAAACUUGCAUUAGCACAGCCUGAGGUAUGAGUUAUAUCCACUGACACACUGAUCUAGCUGAACUCACUGUCUGUGUUUCCUCCUUGCAGAUUGUAUUUCCAUUUUCCCCGGGCAGACGGUUGACAACGGCAGUGUGGCAACACGUGUGAACUUCUCCUUAGAUUUCAAAAGGUGACUGAAGUGAAAAUACUGGUUUCAUGCCAGGCGAUAAAGGUCCUAUCUCUGAAUAUGUGUUUUUGUCGCCAGGCUAUUAUCAGUGAGCAUCUACCUGACUCUGAAAACCAUCAAUCUGCAGACUGUGCGCCACCAUGAGCUCCCAGACUGCUAUGACUUCCAUAUUAUGGUCAGUGAAAAGUGAAUUCUUGGGAUUUCAAAACAGAUGCUUGUCCUCUUACAUGUUUUUAAUUGUUCUUUCUGACACAGAUCAUGUUUGACAACCGUGCCCACAGCGGGAAAAUAAAGGUCAAUGUUGUAAAUGAUGUCAGGAUUUAUGAAUGCAGAGACUGGAAUGUGGAAGGCAUUUGUACGUUUUAAAUCAAACUCAAUAUCAUGCUGUAGCCUAUAUUUUAGUAUGACCUAUGAGUUAAAGGCCACCAGAGGGCACACUUACAUAAGCCCACCACUUUUAUAAACUACAAAACUACUCUUGCAUCUUCUAACCGGUCGUGUUUGUGUCUGGUUUGCAGCUGACAAAAACGAUUACCUCCUCCUAUCAUUUGAUUCUGUGGUCAUCCUCGCCUGCUUCACCUCACUCAUCCUCUGCUUGAGGUCUGUCAUAAACGGCAUCCAGCUCCAGUUUGUAAGUAAAGAGGAAUAUAUAACUAGAUUAUGAGCACUGCCACUGAUAAAAGUAGAGGAUUGGGGCAAAUUUGGCAUGUGUAAGAGUUGCACUGUUCUGUGGGGUUAUUCACCCAGAGGCAAAUAUUCAAAGUUCUAUGCAAACCACAGUCAGAUGGGCAACAGUAGGACGCUGUAGAAGUGGCCUAUGAUUAUUUAUGCAUAAGAUAUAGUGAGUAUAAUAAAGACUUAUACUAUAUCAAGGUACCAAAAUAAGUUACAGAUGAAUAGACAGAAAAAUAAAUCAAAUCAGCAUUUGCAUCAAAGUCCAAACUUAUCACGAGUAGUCUCUGAUGAGUUCAAAUUUGAGGUCAUUUUAUGUGAGACCCUCUCUUCAUAACUGUGAGUGACUUGUGGUUUGUUUUGUUGUUAUUUAGCAGAUGUGUUUAACAUCAUCUGAGUGUCUCUGCUGCAGGAGUUCAACAUAUUCUUCCACGCUUACUACAACAAAAUAGUGAGCUGGUCAGACCGCAUGGAGUUUGUGAACGGCUGGUACAUUCUCAUCAUCGUCAGCGAUUCACUGACCAUCGCUGGGUCUGCGCUCAAAAUUGGAAUACAAACAAAGGUUUUCUUUAAAUAUCUGACACAUUUUAAAACUGAUCUGAUAAACAGUUAGAGUAAACUUUCCUACUUUUUUUUGCUCUUGCAGUACUUGACAAAUUAUGACGUCUGCAGCAUCUUGUUGGGAACAGCCACAAUGCUUGUCUGGGUUGGUGUGAUCCGAUACCUUGGAUUCUUCAAGAAAUAUAACGUGAGAACUGGCGCCUCAGGAUCUUUUUUUUUUUUUCCACAAAGGAACAGCCAGACUGUUUAAAGCAGUGGAUGCAUACCUAAAGGAACUAAAAAUCUCCCUCUCUUCCAGAUCUUAAUCUUGACCCUCAGGGCAGCAUUCCCAAAUGUGAUCCGAUUCUGCUGUUGCGCAGCCAUGAUCUACCUCGGGUACUGUUUCUGUGGUUGGAUUGUCCUCGGGCCUUACCAUGACAAGGUAUAGAAAUGAAAUCCAUCAAGUUUCAGCCUUUGAGCAGCCCAACUGUUUAUAGUACAUAGGAGUAGAUGUCUCUUAAAUAAUGACUUAAAGCUCCUGUGAGGAACUUUAAGUUACCAAUUUUAGCCCACCAUUAAAAAACAAGCUUUUCCACUGUUUCCAGUUCCGAACACUUGACAAAGUGACAGAGUGCCUCUUCUCCCUCAUUAAUGGAGAUGACAUAUAUGCCACUUUCCUAAACGUGAGCGAUAAAAGCUACAUGGUGUGGCUCUUCAGCAGACUGUACCUCUACUCCUUCAUCUCCCUCUUCAUCUACAUGGUGCUCAGCCUCUUCAUUGCUCUGAUAACGGACACAUAUGAGACCAUCAAGGUAGGUCCAAGUAACCUUGAAUUACAAACUGAGAGACUGUCCAGAGAGAUGUUUGCAACCUUUGUGACAUAAUACUACACAAUUUCUACUUUGCAGCAUCAUCAGCAGGAUAAGGUGCCAGUGUCUCAGCUUCAGUCCUUCAUAGCAGAGUGCAGGGACCAGCCGGAGUCUGGAAGAUACCAGACUGAUGAGGAGCCAGGUUCCUGCUGCGUCUCUCCAUGCUGCUGCUUUGGAUGAAGUCAGGAAAUGUGAUUUUUUUUUUCUCCUUAAAAUGCUGGCAUAACAAGUUUGACUGAGUGAGACCACAAAGAGCCCCCGCUGUUUUUGCACAGAGUGUGUAGAGGUGGUGAUUUUCUUUAACUUUGUCUUAUUACAUAACUGUAUGAACACUACAGAUAUUAAAUGUAUUAAAUUAAACUGUCUUAUCUGAAAAACUGUCAGUUUAGUGAAAGUUUGCC